GGGAAAAGAGGGGGAUUUUCCAGUCUCGACAGGGGCAGGGAGCCUGUGCCGGCUGCUGGGAGCGGCUGGGGAAGUAGAGAAGGAAAAUGUUGACUUUGCAAGAAGAGAAAUUGGAGCUACUGAAGAGGCUCCGGGAGUUGGAGCAAAGCAGCCGCUCCCUCCUGCAGCAGAGGCUGGAAACGCUGCACCAGCUCCACGGGCUGCUCCUGAGGGAGAAGGUGGACACCCUUCGGCAGCUCCAGAGGACCCUGGAGCAGGAAAGGGCUGGCAGGAGCGCCCGGCUGGAGCAUCUCCCGGGACAUCCACGGGAGCCGGCUGUGCAGGGGCGGGCUGGGCACCCCCCGGCCAUGGAGACCCUCUCUCUGUGCCCGUGCCAACACCAACCCCUCCCCAGCAGUGCCCCGGGACGGGGCCCCUCCCUGGCGGCGGGCGGCUCGUCCCCCCCGUCCCACAGCCACGCUCUCCACAUCCUGCGGGGGCUCCGGGAGCACAUCCAGCGGCGCCUCCGGGAGUGGCAGAGGGUGGAGGGAGCCCUGGGACCUGCUGGACAGAGGAAGAAGGAGCGGGGGCAGAGGCAGCAGCCGCAGCAGCCCCGCACGGACGAGGCAGCAGGCUCCAGGAGCCCGGAGGGAGCAGCUGCUCCAGGGAAAGGCUUCAGGACACCGAGGCCCCAGCAGGGGCUGCCAUGA